AUGAGUAAAAACGAAAUCAGUCUUGUAGUAUUAGCUGACUUUUUGAAAGCCUUUGAUACUGUUCAAUAUGAAACUACAAUGAGGAAACUCAACCAAAUCGGUUUUUCCAAAGAGUUUGUUGAACUAAUUUUGAGUUACUUGUGUGGCAGAAAACAAAUUGUGCGAAUUAAUGAUAAGACCUCUGAAUUUUGUAACGUCACAUCUGGUGUGCCGCAAGGGUCAAUAUUAGGCCCUGUUAUUUUCAAUUUAUACGUCACUGACCUGGAAAUGAAUUUGACAAUGAGUACGUUACAGUAUGCUGACGACACCACUUUGUUUACGUCCACAAAAUUAAAUAAUCUUGCGAAGGCAAAGGAACAAAUAAACGGAGAUAUAAGUCAACUUCAAAGAUGGUCUACAAAUAACAAUCUUGUUCUGAACAAGGAAAAAACAAAGUUAAUGGUGUUUUCAACAUCACAAAUGUCAAAACGACACAAUCUUAACGACCUCGAUUGUACUGAUAUCAAACUGGAUGACUUCCAGAUUGAAAGAGUUCCAACAUGGUCUGUAUUGGGUGUUAAAUUAGAUGAACACCUAAGUUGGAAUGAUCAUGUACAGAGUGUAGUAUCGUGUUGUCAUGGCAUCUUAUCUAUAUUACGUAAACUAAAACGCAUGGCACCAUUUAAGUUACGAAAACAAUUAGCUGAAAUGCUAGUCUUGUCAAAAUUAGACUUUAACGACACUGUUUAUAUUCCAUUAACAGCCAUCCAAAUUCGAAAGCUGCAUAAAGUGAUGAUAUGUGCAGCCAGCUUUGUAUGGAAUAAGUACAGCCAUACUGAAGAUAUAACACGUUUAGGUUGGUUACCUAUUAAACAAAGACGAGAAUGGCAUUUGAUGAUCACAGCCUUUAAAAGUGUUCAUCAGAAUAAUUGGCCAAAGUAUUUGAAAAAUGAAAUUGUUGUUCACAAAAGAACUCUUCGAAAUGCUGACGAAAUUCGAUUAAAGACAUCACUUCGCAAAAACACUUUCGAAGAUAACACCCCAACAGAUCUUUUGAAUUUUGUUGACGAAAAUGAGCAAUUAAGCAUCACUCGUAGCGGGAUAUCCGAAAACAACCUACAUUCCACACCAAAUGUAAAAUGCAAACAAAAAUCGUGUGUAUUUGUUCCAAUGGAUGAGGGAUUUGAACAAAUGAAAAUACUAUUUCAAAAUCAUUUCGACAUGGAAAUACUUCAGUAUAAUCUAUUUCAAAAAAACAUCAAGCGAUUUAUAAAUACAAACAAAAAAUGGAGCAGAAAUAAUGCAAGAAACAAAAACCAAUACUAUAGUUUUUUCUCUCCUACUAAUUAG